GCCUUGCCGCGGGCUUGCGCCUCCCUCGGCUCCUGCCGCGGGCCUCGGGGAGUGGGGUGGAAGAUGUCUAUGGAUGUGACAUUUCUGGGUACGGGUGCAGCAUACCCUUCCCCAACCCGGGGUGCCUCUGCUCUGGUCCUUCGGUGUGAGGGCGAGUGCUGGCUCUUUGACUGUGGGGAGGGGACGCAGACACAGCUUAUGAAAAGCCAACUUAAAGCAGGGAGAAUUACCAAGAUCUUCAUCACACAUCUUCAUGGAGACCAUUUCUUUGGCCUUCCUGGCCUCCUUUGCACAAUCAGCUUGCAGAGUGGCUCUGUGGUCACCAAACAGCCUAUUGAAAUCUAUGGCCCUGCUGGGCUUCGAGACUUUAUCUGGAGAACCAUGGAACUCUCUCACACAGAGUUGGUCUUCCCCUAUGUGGUCCACGAGCUGGUGCCUACAGCAGAUCAGUGUCCUCCAGAAGAACUAAAAGAAUUUAUGCAUGUGAAUAAAACAGACAGCCAUCCCAAAGAGGGACAAGGAAGAACUAUCCUUUUAGACUCAGAAGAAAACUCAUACCUUUUGGUUGAUGACGAACAGUUUGUUGUAAAAGCAUUUCGCCUCUUUCACCGAAUUCCCUCCUUUGGGUUUUCAGUUGUGGAGAAGAAACGCCCAGGUAAACUCAAUGCACAGAAACUAAAAGACCUCGGUGUGCCGCCAGGUCCUGCCUAUGGGAAGCUGAAAAAUGGAAUUUCUGUUGUUCUGGAAAAUGGAGUUACAAUUUCUCCCCAAGAUGUCUUAAAAAAGCCUAUUGUUGGAAGAAAAAUCUGCAUUUUGGGUGACUGUUCUGGGGUUGUGGGUGAUGGAGGAGUGAAGCUGUGCUUCGAGGCAGACCUGUUGAUCCACGAAGCAACCUUAGAUGACACGCAGAUGGACAAAGCGAAGGAGCACGGCCACAGCACACCACAGAUGGCAGCCACGUUUGCAAAGUUGUGCCAAGCGAAGAGGCUAGUUCUGACUCACUUCAGUCAGAGGUACAAACCAGUUGCCUUGGCCAGAGAAGGAGAAACAGAUGGGAUUAUAGAACUAAAAAAGCAAGCUGAAUCAGUGUUAGAUCUCCAAGAAGUGACUCUAGCUGAAGACUUUAUGGUGAUUGGCAUUCCAAUCAAGAAAUGAACCUGGUAUUCCAGAAUGCAUCCUGACAUGUCUGUGAAUAUGUUACUGAACCAGCAGUCAAGUUGGUUGUUGUGGUGGUGGUGGUGGUUGUGGUUGGUGUUUUGGUCUAAGAUUAUUUGAGUCCUAAUAAUCCUAAAAAGGAUAGAGCUGCAUUGCUGAACUGACUCAGCAGCGAGAAAGAGCAACUUUUUGAUAAUAAAUCAUUUUAAAAAGAAA